CAAGGGCGCGAACACAGUCUAAUGUGGGCAACAGUUCAAGUAGAAUCGGGAGAUGGAGAUGAAACUGUGACGAGCUCAGUCAGUGACAAUGUGUCUGUUAGACUUAACUCUGUAGCUUCCAUCUACGCAGGCGAGGAUUCUGAAGGGGUGACUAUUUGGGAAGGUUUUCCUUUAUGUGUAGUUGCUUCUCCUCUCGACAAUGGACUCGGUGUGUUGGCUGGCAGUCAAAUGAUUCUAUUUGAUUCAACAUGCAGUCAACACGAAGCGACUGUCAAUCUGGGUGCUUACUGCGAUUGCUUGGCAUGGAGUGGAAAUGGAAAAUUUAUUGCGCUUGUUGACAGGUCUGGAAAGCUUCACGUCUUUCAUGUUCCAUCUAAACUGCUGCUGUUUUCCCAAGAGCUGCAAGUUCAGCUGAAGGAUCAUGACGUGCCCUUGUUUGCAAAUUUGCAUUUUCACGAAUGCAGUAGAACAGAUGUCUCAACAUUGAUUGUGGUGACUGUUUCUGGUGCUGUCUUCUUGCUAUGUAAUGUUGAUUUAAACCGACUUGAUGAAGCAAUAAUACAGAAUAACCAGGCUUCAAUACGUAAGAUUCAGGAGAGCAUUGUAAUGAAAAAAUCAGAAUUGCUUUCAACAUCAGAAGAACCAGCCUACUGUAGUGUUACCAUCAUGGAUGAAACUGCAGGCGUUUCACUUGUUGCAUUGGCAGAUAGUGUGCCCUCAUCAAUCUUUGUGUUUUCAAUGCAAAAAGACUACAGUUUUCAGCUGUUAAGAAGAUCACAGGCACAUGGCAAUUGCAAAUUGAUUAAAUGCGAUGUCACAAAGGAUCAUCAGUAUCUUGUUGGUCUUACUGAGGAGAAACAUCUUGCUUUAUUUGACUUCUUGACGUUGGUUUUGCUAAGAACUUUGAAGCAACAUGAAGUGCAGAACUUUUGUGUUUUAUCCUAUGGUUUGGUAACCAAUGGAGUUGCAAAUGGGACAUUAUCAGCACCAGUAGUAGCGCUGCUCACUUCUUCCAAUGGCUUCAAGCCAUCGAAACUGCUCAUAUGCAGAUUGCCCAGUUUGGCAACUGAACUGGCUGUUAAUGUAUCAACUAGAGCAACUCUUCCAACAGUCUUGAGUGAAUCGAGUGUUCUUUAUUUCAUGGAAAGUUAUGGAGUCAGUGGUGACAGCCAAUCACCCAAGCUUGUCGUACGUUCUGUGUGGGAACAAUCUCCACAAAAGAGGUUUCAACAUUUGUUGGAACAUAAUGAAUUUGAGAAAGCAGAUAGAUUAGCGAUGAGUCAUGGCUUGGACAGACAACUUAUACAAAAGUGUAAGGUCACACAUUUGCUAGAUAAAGUUUGUCAGAGAGACUCUCUGGAUGUUCCUUCUAUUGAUGCUUUUAUUGCUUCUGUAACUAAGGCACUGAGUCUAAUAAAGGAUGAUGACUUUGUUGUUUCGUAUUGUACUGAUGCGCCAGUUCCUAAUAUUCAACUGUUGUCAAAGUUGUUGCUCAUUGCAGAAAAACGACUGAAAACUGCACAAUCUGGAUCUCACUCAUCAAGUCAGCAACAUCAUGUGGUACAGCUAGAACAGGUUCUUUCUUCUAUCAAAAAGCUAACAACUUAUCAUCAAGUAUCAAGUGCAAAAUUUGAGUAUUCAGUGUGGCGUACAUUUCAGGCACGACGUGUAUUGGAUGUAAUCACUGAUUACAUUCAAAAGGGAGACUUCGCAGUUGUCUCUGUUAUCUGGCGAAGACACACAGGAGAAUUGAUGAAACAACUGACUAUAGAUGCGCUGCACAGAAUUCUUGAUUCGUUUCCCACAGAAUUACAUCUGUUGUCUUGCUUGCCAUUUAUUGAGCAUGAGAUGUUGCCUUUGGUCACUAUGGUUUUGCCAAGAUGCAAGGUUGUACUAGCUGCUUGGAUAGAGACUGUUGUUGAAAUGUUGGAAGUCUGUGACAAGAAAUAUUGGCCUGACAAUGGGUUGCAGUUGAUCGAGGUAUUCUUGCCUUAUAUUGACAUACCAACUCGUCAAAGCUGGCAGACUUUAGGACAAUAUGCAGAUCAGAUAUGUUUGUCAUCAGUCUGCUCUGCAAGUUUAUCGGAUAUCGAUUCUGUUAACUCGUUGCAUAGACUGUCCAGACAUCUGCAGGAAUUGUCUUACCUGUUGAAGACAUUUUCUUUACAAUUGACAUUGUCACAAAUGAAGCAGGAAACUGCCAAUAGCAUUGCUUUUCGGCUCAUUGAUCGAGCAGUUGUAUCAGGAGUUGUGUCUCCCCUGAUGGAGAAACAAGCUUUGCAGUACAUAAAGGACAAAAGCCUUGACCAAGAUGACGUACUGCUCAACUACAUUAAGAGUUUAUUCAUAACUGGAUAUGUGUCAUUUAAUGCAAGUCGGAUGUGGGAACAGAAGGCUGUUGCAGCCUUGGCGUACAUUCGUAGUGCCAAGGUGAAGAAUUUGGCUGUCACUGAGAUUGUACGAAUGGCUUCUGUUCCCAUCAGUGCUGCCAUUAGGGAUCUUGUAGCUGAAAUGUUGAAAUCUUCUACAUAUGUAGCUGGUGAUGAGUUGAAGCAGUUUUGGAAUGUGCUUGAAGUGAAAGAAGUGUUGAAUAAAAACAAUGUGAUUGGGUGUUCACUCUUCAGCACUUUGUCUCUCAAGCUUGCUAUUCGUCGUAUUUUGCACACAAGAUCUUUUAUGGCUUUGCAAGAUGCACUCAAAAUUGUGUCUGUACUUCCAACAUUGUCAGAGUUUGAGGUGUAUGUGCAGUACCUGUAUGGUCUUCUUAUGGAUGGCCAGGUAAACGAAUCCAUGACGUGUUUGAAUACAAUGGAUAAAAAACAGGCUUGUUCUGUUGCGAUGAAUGUGCUGAGUCGACUCAUGGCCGUCAUUCACUAUCCUCUAGUUCGUGAAUUGAAUGACGCUGAGCAUCAUCAGCAAGUUGUACAGGUGGCUAAGGUCUUAUUGUCUUUCUUAAUGAAAGCAGAUGAUAGCCCUAGUCACUGGCAAGAAAGGUAUCAGUUUGCAACAGCAAUAGGAAGCCUGCAGUUGGAGUUUGAAAGCUAUAUGUCUCGUGAUGACUAUGAAAAUGAUAUUGUGUGCAAUAAGCUGCUGGAUCAACAUGUUCAAGCUGUUUUUAGCAAUGCCAUGUUACAGAGUGCUGACCAGCGUGACUGUAGAGAGACAUUUUCUGUUCCAUUUUCCAUUUCUCGUCGUGCUUGUCUGUUACGUAUUCAGUCGUCUGAACUUAAACAGAAGUUGGCCAAUAAGUUUUUGGAAAAUCAGCUGUACAAAUUGUCAUUGGAUUCGUGCAGGCUGUUGGUCGAGGACAUUCCUUACUGUUCUACAGCAACAAGAACUGUCUUGAAUGUUGUUCAAACUCUACUUGCAAAUCCUAGUCAAAAGUUUGACAUGAGUCAGUUAUGUGCCACAUUGAAGUGUUGUUUGAUAUCAUGUCAGGAAGAUGAUAUUGCUGAUGUAUUGGAGACUUGGAAGGUUGCAGAUGUUAUAGAAACACUAGAGAAGAGUAGCAAGAAAAGUGAAAUCAGUAGUUCUCAACUUCUUGAGGGUGAAUUUGAUGAUUUAGAAGAUUUCAUGUUUGGUUCCAAUUUUGAUGGAAUUGAAACUUCUGCUGAUUGUUCUUCAGCUGCUACUACAGCAAGUAAACUGUGUAGCUGCUUUUGGAUAUCUCAUACACAAGAUAUUUUUCCUCUUGAGCAGACCAGACUGUCAUCAGUUUCUAGAAGAAUUUGUAAAGAUGGUGCAGCUACAGAAUUGUCAGUUGUCAGCAUGAGUUCAACUGCUAUACUUGCCGUGUCUGCCUUGGAAACUUGUGGUCUGUUUCAUCAAGCUUUUCAAGCCGCUUUUCUAGUAUUUGGAGCUUGCACUCAGUAUUAUCUAAACAAUGUAACUCAUGGAAGUAAUGAUAAAGCUGACAGUGAUGAGGAGUCAGAUGAAUCUGAAUCACAACAGUCAGCAGCAGUCAUUACAGCUGCAUGUGCUAGGUUGACCCAACUGGCCAAGAAAGUGCUUGAUCAGAUGUUGAGCUGUGUGGUCUUUGAUCAUUCUGAAUCACUGGGGUAUCUCCUUUGUUUGCCUUCUGCUGAAGUCAUGAAAGAAUUGUCUACACACGAAACAUUGCAAACCAGUGCUCUCAAGAGGGUUCCUGCUAUUGAGCUAGACCUUUCAGUUAUACACGGCCUUGCUAAUGUGGCUGUCCAGUAUGCAAAGAGUCAAGCUUGCAUAAAGUGGUGUGAAUUUUUACAAGAACAUGGAGUUGUUGAUCAGAGUUUGGUAUUGUCUGAGUGUUCUCAACAGACCAUCCUGGAGUUGCUCACCAAAGCCAGUGCAAAUCAUCCAGUCAUCAGCAUACGAACAAUUGCACACUUUUGCAAUGACUUUGAUGUCGACAUACAGCAGGCUGUCCAGGCAGCAGUUGCAGUAUUGUUGGAGCGAAAGGAUCUUAACUCUGAGGGAUUAAAGUUGGAAUUACUUCCAGCCAUAGAGCUGCUGAAUGCCGGUGCUGUUCAGUUGCAAUUGGCCAUUUCUUAUGACAUGAUUUGUGAAACAGAUUAUGAUGGCAUCAGUCUUCUGUUGUCACUUCUUGAAGAGCUGCCAGCGCCAACGGCGGCUGUCUCUACUAUAGCAAAGGCCAAGCAACUGUUGAACUUUGUGAGGUGCUACUCAGAGUGCUCUUCGCAGUCUGUGAAUCAGGACUCCAAGAAAGAAUCAACAGAGCUGUUACCUUUUCGCAGACUCAUGCAAAAUCCGUGGAAAGUCAUUGCUCCUCGACUGUUGUGUGACACAUUCUCUAGUUUACAACCAAUAGCCAAACUGUUGCAAGUCGACUCUGAUCGUUUGUACAGCCGCACUAUCCGAAACAGUGUUGAGAAGAUGUUGCACGACAACAAACAACCAUUAGGUCAUCAGGACUUUUGCAACGUGAGCAGUCUGCUGUUGCAGAUCAGAAAUCCAAGAACAGCUCUUGCAACAGGCAGAUGGGCGGCAAUGCAGUUUGAAACAGGACCAAUAAAAGCAGUUGCAUUAGAAGUUUGCUUGAAAUUAGCGAGACUUUGGAAAGACAGUUGCUCUGAAACUGACAAGGAUGAAGCUUUAAAGACGACUGAGAAGCUUGACUUCUAUUGGCGUCAGAUUGAAACUCGACUGCUUCUUCGGGGUGCAAGAAUACCUGAAACAGUCUAUGACUCAUUUUUGUAUCAACCAGCAAGUCUGAUUAUACAUCUGUAUGAAAUACCUGAUACAAUUAAGACUGAAGAUGUACAUGACCUCGCAGACAAGAUUGCCGAUAUUUACACCCUAAAUUGUAACAAAAUACGACUUCAUUUACUAGAAAAGUGGUUAGGUGAUGCUGGAAAAGACAAGGAUGACAAACAUCUUGUAUUUAGGCUGGUCAGUUUGAUGAAGGGAAUUGCUAAUCCAGAAGCUUUGGCACAUAUGGCAUCUUGUAAAGAAGUACAAGGAAAUCCGCAUUUACUUGCUAAGCAUGUUGUUGUGCUUAGAACUUUAUAUGCAAGCACAGCAGUAGAGAACUUCAAGCAGUUCAUGGACCAAUCUGUAGAGGAAUUGAGGGAUCAUGUACGUGAUAUGCUGUAUUGUCAAGAUCUACUGAGCAUUGUACAAAGUCCAUCUGCAUUUAAAGCAAGCAGCAAGCUCGCUCUCGUGAAGAACAUCUGGAAAAGUCAUGCAAACUCUGGCGAUGGCAUUAAGUUGCUAUCUGGAUUGUGUUUGGAUUUUGGUAUUGGUGAUGUUCUUUUGUGGAGAGAGAUUUUUCGGAAGUUAUUGGAUUAUGGCAUGAUUGAUUAUUUGAAGAGCCUUCUUCAAACAAUGACAAGUCACUUGUCACAAUCUGAGCAAUUUAUUCUUACUGACGCAUGGCAAUCAGCUGUUAUGAUGGAACUUGAUACAGAUGGCGUGACUUUGGAAGCAAGCACUCAGUUGCUCCAGUUUUUACAAAGCUCGCCAUACCUGGAUACUGAUCAUCUUAUCUCUACUUCAAGGCGUUUAGAAGAGAUGGAUCUGACAGCCGAGGCGUUAUCUUGUUUGCUGAUGUCUCCAGUGCUACAAUCUCAGGCUAAUGCUUUGGUAAGUCGUCACAAGGAGGCAAUAGUCAAUCGGUUGCAGGCACAUAGUUACACUCAAUUACCCAUGAUACAACAGAUUCAAGGCUUGUUAUGCAGUGAUGUGGAACAGUAAUCCUAGAACGUUACUGCAUAAAUGUGAAGUUCCUUGGUGCAUCUGUACGAGUUAUGCAGUUUAGUGUAAUAAGUGUUGCAUCUUUUGCUGACAUGUAGGGAAAUUUGUUUUCUGUAUGCAAGUGGCUACAAUUUCCUUGGUAAACUGUUUUACACUGUAAGACAUUGAAAUAUCUAACGCACGUUAGCUACUUUUUGAGACAUAGACAUGUUUAGUUAUGGCUGUACAUAGGAUGAUUUUAUGUGAUUUACCGAACGAGUUACUGCUGAUGGUAUUG